GUUUAUUUUGACCUUGACGUUGACAAUUGAAAAUAAUAAUGCCAAACCGCCAAACGCCAAACGUCAAACGUGCGUCAAACUUUUGUGGCUUUUUGUUCUUGUAUUGAAAAUUGUUUAGAAGAAAAUACUAUAAAUCUAAACAAUGUUUAUAUCAAUGGUGUAAUUCCUAUUUAGUAGUACUUUAAUUACUGUUUAAGACGUACAUUAACAAAGGAAAUAUUUCCAAGUCAACCUAACCUCGAUUUUUAUUUGCCAGGCAGUUCCAAGAUGGUUGUUGAUAAAAGUCCUUUAUCCGGUAAUGUUUUAGAACAAUUCGUGUUGUUGGCGAAAACUGCAAAAGGAGCAGCAUGUACUGAACUAAUAAGGCAAGUUUUAGAAGCUCCAGGCGUUUACGUAUUCGGAGAACUUUUAGAUAUGCCGAAUAUUGUAGAAUUAGCGACUAGCGAUAGAAAAUAUUUCAAUACCCUAGAAUUAUUCGCUUUUGGAACUUUCAAGGAUUACUUAGCUAAUAAGAAUGAACUGUUGGAACUGUCUUCGGCCCAGCAAAAGAAGUUACAGCACUUAACUAUUGUUACUCUAGCCACCAAAUCAAAAUGCAUCCCUUACAACACUUUGCUUAUAGAAUUGGAUAUUAAGAAUGUCAGGGAUUUGGAAGAUCUCAUUAUAGAAGCUAUUUAUGCUGAUAUUAUACAUGGAAAGUUAGAUCAAAAGAAUAGUCAACUUGAGGUCGAUUAUGCUGUUGGUAGGGACAUCAGGGCUGAAGAUAUAAACAUUAUUGUGAAUUGUCUUCAAGACUGGUGUUCAUCAUGUGAAGGUGUCUUGAGCUGUGUAGAAAAUCAAAUCCAUAGAGCAAAUUCAGAAAAGAACAGAUGUAUACAGCGAAAGGCUGACAUAGAGAAUGAAAUUGUCAACAUAAAAAAAACACUUAAAACUCAGCUUCAAGAAAGAUCUGAUGGAACUGAUGAGGUGAUGGCUACUGAUACCAGAGAAUCCUCUUCCUCUGGUGAUAAAGGGAAAAAGUCACAAAAAAUUAAAGGACUAAAGAUUCUUCGUUAACAUGAACUUAUUUCAAGAGUGAUAUAUGAAAAAUUGUCUAGAAGGGAUGAUUUGUGAUAUAUUUAAUCAAUUAUUAGUGGUUAUAUAAAAAUGAAAAUGGCAUCAAAUGAUGUUUUUCCAAAAGCCACUGAUGAUGUUUUGUAUUUAAUUAAAAGAUUUUCGUAUAUCAAUUUUUGAUUUGAGAUGUUUUUCAGUUUUUAAAAGGUUUUUUUCAGGCUCUGAAUAAUGUUUAGUUUUAACAGAAUUGUAUUGAUG